AUGGCAGAACCACCAGUGGAUGAAUGUAAUCUGACGAUGACAGAUCCCCCGGAUGCUCAGAACACCAUCGAUAACUCAAAUGAAGCAGUUAUCGUACCCCCAAGCGACGCAGACAAGCUGAAGGCAUCGACAAGUCGUUGGUGUGCUAUUAUUGAUUUAAACAAAGGAGACAAAGGAGAUGGGAACGGCUCGCCGAGUGCCGAGGACAAAGCUACUCAAGAAAUCGCCAGUAAACUCGAGAUGGCGAUUGGAGACGCGAUUACUGCUCUUGAGUUCGACUACUACGUCCUUGGAGUCGCGCUGUUCCGCUUCUUUACGACGGUCGGGUUCUGCGUCAUUUUCGCAGUUCUAGUGAACUCUGGAACGCCCAAUGAGGAGAUCCCCAGCGACUUCUAG